UUCCGUUUGGCUUUUUCUUCCUCGAUUUCCUGUGUCACAUUUAUUGUUUCCCCUAUCAGAAGUGCACAUUUACAGACAUGCAGGCUUGUUUCAAAGAUAAAGUUGGUGAUGUUUUAUUACCAGGAGAUGUAUUUUCUUUUCAAAUGCCUGAAAGUAUCACCGACAGCAAACCCGAGAAAGUUGUUUGUGGACCAGGGCUUCGGCGAAACGGAGAUGAAGUUCUCGUUUGCAAAAGCGGAAUCCUCCGACAUAAACAACCGAAUCUGUACUGGAUAGACUCUCAGCAAAGGAGGUAUGUUCCAGGGAAGGGGGAGAGUGUGAUUGGCAUCAUAACUGCCAAGUCAGGGGACAUCUUCAAGGUGGAUGUAGGGGGGAGUGAGCAGGCGUCACUCUCCUACCUCGCCUUCGAGGGGGCUACCAAGAGGAAUAGACCUAACGUGCAGGUGGGGGACCUGGUGUACUCUCAGUUCAUCAUUGCCAACAAAGACAUGGAGCCGGAGCUGGUGUGUAUAGACAGCUGUGGACGAGCCAACGGGAUGGGGGUGUUUGGAGCAGGCGGGCUUCUCUUCAAGGUAUCCCUGGGACUUGUACGCAGGCUGCUGGCACCCCAGAGUGAGAUAGCCAAGGACCUGGAGAAGAUGUUCCCCUUUGAGAUUGUGGUGGGGAUGAACGGGCGGGUGUGGGUCAAGUCCAAGACCAUCCAGCAGACCCUUAUUGUGGCCAACCUGCUGGAGAGCUGUGAGAACAUGACAGCCCAGCAGCGACAGACGCUCUUCAGAAGGGUGGCCGAUGGAUCCAUCUAGGCUAGGGGACCACUCUGCUCCGGAGAAGGAUGUUCGAGAACUGUCUGAAUUAGUGGGGUUCGUCUCACUCAUUUGAAGUCAAGGAGGCAUUGGUCUGGUCGUCUCCUUUCUUUGUCUCCUCUCCUUUGUGACUACUGAGCUAAAAAGGACCUGAGUGAUGAAUGCAGUGUAGUUGAAACUUAUCAAGUCAAAGGGGAUUUUGACCCCAGUGUGUUUGCGCUGUGUGAAGAAUCACCAGAUUUGUAUUUUAGUUUUUUUACAUCUUUUGUUCGUCAACUACAUUUGAGAAAUAAUGAAUCUGGGUUGAUUAAAAAAAUAUAUAAAAAAAGUGCUCAUGUUCAAACCA